GUGACCAAACAGCCAAUCACGUGUCACGCCGACGCCUUCUUCUUUCCUUCCUCCUUCCACCGGAAACAUGGCGCUACGGGAGCUAUCCUCGCUGGAGAAGUAUUUAGGACUGAAAAAGCCAAAUAAGUACAGUACUCGAGGAGAGAGAAAGGUUCCUGUGCUACAGAAUAAUAAUGGUGCUCCCCUGGUGGGCUUGGUGACCAUCGCCUGCCACCUGGUGAAGGAGGCCAAGCGCCUUGAGCUGCUGGGUGGCUCUGCAGAGGACCGAGGUGUGGUACAUCAGUGGCUGGAGUAUAGAGUGAGCAAGCUGGACGGCUGCAGCAAGGAUGACAUCAGAAUUAUACUGAAGGACCUCAACCUCUACCUGCAAGACAAAGUUUACAUGGCCGGCAACCACUUCAGCAUAGCAGAUCUGCUCAUGUAUAAUGGAAUUCACCCACUAAUAGCGGAAUUGACCUUCCAGGAAAAGGAGCAGUACCUGAAUGUGACACGGUGGUUUGACCACAUCCAGCACCACACCGGCAUCCGCCACCACCUCCCUCGGGUAGUCGUGCUCAGGAACAGAAUUUACACCAGUAAACACCACUGAGGCUCCAGGAACGGUAGCAACAUCCGCAGACCUUUUUCAGUUAUUUGCCACAAACGGCUCCGUAUCAAAACAGUAAACAUCUGUCGAGAGGGGCACAAGCUGUCACAGGAUUGCUUCUAAAUAAUAAACCAUCAUCCUCUCACGCCUUCUGGCACUAUUUCAAAUAAGCGCCCCAUUUUGAUCUGCGUGCAAAACUAAUAUUUCCCUUAGUGUUGUUUGUGUUAUGUGUGUGUGUGUGUGUGUGUUUGAGUGCAAUGUGGCGACAAACCGAUACAUUUGCUGCUAACUUAAUAAAAAUGUAAUUGACGUUCA